AUGUUUAGGUGGAGACCUCUUGUAAGUAGCGUAGUGAAACAGAUUCAUUGUGCUAACAAACAGUCUCCAAGAGUCUUCAGCCGGGAAAGUAGUUGUAUACAAAAAAUGAGUCACAAGUUUAACUUACCAGCUAGGUAUGGAACCGGCGAAAAAAGUGUAUGGGUUGAAUAUAUACAACUGGCCGCUGAAUACAAACCGGCAGUAAACCUUGGACAAGGCUUCCCAGAUUACCAUGCCCCUGAACAUGUCACGAAAGCACUUUCUGAAAUCACUACUGGAGAAAAUCCUUUAUUCAAUCAAUAUACAAGAGGAUUUGGUCACCCAAGGUUGGUUCAAAACUUGGCAAAACUCUACUCUCCACUAGUAGGCAAAGAGAUAGAUCCAAACAAUGAAAUAUUAGUGACAAGUGGUGCUUACGAGGCACUGUUUUCCACUAUAAUGGGUCAUGUUGAUGAGGGUGAUGAAGUCAUAGUGAUUGAACCGUUCUUUGAUUGCUACGAAUUCAUGAUUAAGACAGCUGGUGGGAUUCCUAGAUGUAUUGCUUUAAAACCUAAAGCCACUAGCGGUACUAUGACAUCAGCUGAUUGGGUGUUAGAUGACGCCGAGUUGGUGUCAUUGUUCAAUAGCAAAACUAAAAUGUUGAUCCUGAACACUCCUCACAACCCACUUGGGAAAGUGUUCACCGCUCAGGAGUUGGAGAAAAUUGCCAAUCUGUGCAAGAAAUACAACGUACUUUGCGUCUCUGACGAGGUCUACGAAUGGAUGGUGUACGAACCGAAUAAACAUAUUAGAAUAGCUUCAAUGCCGGGUAUGUGGGAGCGUACUAUAACAAUUGGAUCAGCGGGUAAGACUUUUUCUGUGACCGGUUGGAAGACAGGUUGGGCGUACGGUCCGGCCAACCUCAUGAGGAACUUGCAAGUGGUGCAUCAGAACUGCGUGUACACGUGUUGCACUCCUAUACAGGAAGCAGUGGCACGCUCUUUUGAAUUUGAACUCUCGAGAUACAACUCACCUGAAUGUUACUUCUUCUCACUAGCAAGAGAAUUAGUUUCAAAACGAGAUUACCUCGUUAAAGUAUUGAGGGAGAACGGUUUCAACCCAACCGUACCUGAUGGAGGAUAUUUUAUUGUUGCUGAUUGGACUAAAUUAGAAAAGAAAAUAGAUCUACAAUCAGAGUCGGAUAAAUACAAAGACUAUCGUUUUACAAAGAAGUUUGCGAAGGAAGCCGGUGUACUCGCGAUACCACCGUCAGCCUUCUACUCCGAGGAACACAAACAUCUGGGAGAAAACUUCGCACGUUUCUGCUUCAUUAAGGUAUCUAUACAAAUAUUAUCAGUAGGUGUUACGAGUAUAAACUAA